AUGACACUCAGUAAUGUGGCACUCAGUAAUGUGACACUCAGUAAUGUGACACUCAGUAAUGUGACACUCAGUAGUGUGACACUCAGUAAUGUGACACUCACUAAUGUGACACUCAGAAAUGUGACACUCAGUAAUGUGACACUCAGUAAUGUGGCACUCAGUAAUGUGACACUCAGUAAUGUGACACUCAGUAAUGUGACACUCAGUAAUGUGACACUCAGUAAUGUGACACUCAGUAAUGUGGCACUCAGUAAUGUGACGCUCAGUAAUGUGACGCUCAGUAAUGUGACGCUCACUAAUGUGACACUCACUAAUCUGGCACUCAGUAAUGUGGCACUCAGUAAUGUGACACUCAGCAAUGUGACACUCAGCAAUGUGACACUCAGUAAUGUGACACUCAGUAAUGACACUCUCACUAAUGUGACACUCAAUAAUGUGACACUCAGUAAUGUGAUACUGAGUAGUAUAUCUGUUGUUUUACUGUUCAUGUCACAGAGAGGAGUUAGAUAUAGUUUCCUCUCUUUUCUAAUUGCAUUGCUUGUGUGUUUUUCAAAUUGUGUUUGUGUAGUCUAUUUUACUCCCACAAUCCAUAUCUUUCUUGGGCUGCUUCUGGCCCUGUAG